AUGUAUGAAGUGGAUGCUAUUACCAAGUUGACAGCUCAGGUAGAGGCCCUAACAAAACUGAUAACUGUUCAAGUAAAACAAGCUCAGGUGGUUUGUGAGCUAUGUGGAGCCAUUUCCUUGAGGAGUGGAAAAAGUUAUGAUGGCCUGAGCCAAGCCAAGCCAGAGAAUGAAGAAGAUGAACACCCAGCACCAAUAACAACAAAGAAGAAGACUACUGACGGUCUUCAACAAAAAGAAACUCCACCACCCAUCAGCAUUGACCAUCACAUAAAAAUUCCUUAUCCUCAAAGACUUCAGAAGAAUAAGAUAGAUAAGCAGUUUUCAAAAUUCGUUGAAAUAUUCAAGAAACUGCAUAUCAACAUCCCAUUCAUAGAGGCUUUGGAACAGAUGCCAACUUAUCUAAAGUUCAUGAAAGAUAUCCUAUCUAAGAAAAGAAAGUUGGAAGAAUUUGAGAUGGUGGCACUUACUGACGAGUGUAGUGCAGUCCUGCAAAAGAAACUACCACCCAAGCUAAAAGAUCCAGGUAGUUUCAACAUCCCAUGCUCAAUAGGGGGUUCUAUACAAACAAAAGCUUUAUGUGACUUGGGAGCCAGUAUCAACUUAAUGCCCCUAUCUAUGUUUAAAAGAUUAAAAUUAGGGGAAGCCAAGCCCAGAACAGUGACUUUACAGAUGGCAGAUCAUUCUUUGACUCAUCCUCGGGGUAUAAUUGAAGAUGUCUUGGUAAAGGUUGGUAAGUUCAUCUUCCAUGCUGAUUUCUUAAUACUUGACAUGGAGGAAGAUGAGAAUAUUCCUAUCAUCUUGGGAAGACCAUUCCUAGCAACAGGAAGAGCAUUAAUUGAUGUACAGAAGGGGGAGUUAAAGUUGCGUGUUCAAAAAGAAGAAGAGACUUUCAAGGUAUUUGCUGCAACUGAAAUUCCUACUUGUUGUCGACUGGAAGUUGUAAAGGAUGGUCGAGAAGUAACUACCAACAAGAAGAAAGGGAAGUCUAAAGAACGCUUUCGAACUUUUCGACGCCGUAUGAAAAGACUGUUGUGUGGGAAGUAUGAAGGUGACUCUCAGUCUAAGGAAAGCUUUAAAAUUUGCAACAUUGGAGGUCAUUUUUCUUCGUUUGGCACAAAGGCCCUCAUGGAUGCGAGAGGUGGAUUCUACCCGCCACCACCACCACCGCCAUACUGUCAUGGCGCUCAGGGGGAUGACACUCGGGGGUUGUUGCCCGACAGUUUGGUAGGCUUUUUCGUAUUAGCACAGUAG